UCUACCUCCAACACCGCUUCAACUUCAGCCGAAACACUCACAAAGAGGCAGUCGAGAUGAAGCUGCUGCUGGUAGCUGCUGCUCUCCUGGCCGUGGCCAGCUGUGCCAGCAUCUCCCUGGAAGAUCUGGAGUUUCAUGCCUGGAAACUGAAAUAUGCACGGUCCUACAACUCUCCGGCAGAGGAGGCUCUCCGCAAGGAAAUCUGGCUCAACAACCGCAAACUGGUGCUGGUUCACAACAUGAUGGCGGAUCAGGGCAUCAAGUCUUACCGCCUCGGCAUGACCUUCUUCGCUGACCUGGAAAAUGAAGAGUACAAAAGUUUGAUCUCCCAGGGCUGCCUGCGCUCCUUCAACGCCUCUCUCCCCCGCCGUGGCUCGACCUUCCUGCGCCUGCCUGCCGGAACCUCUCUGCCCGACAGCGUUGACUGGAGGGAGAAGGGAUACGUCACCGACGUCAAGGAUCAGAAGCAGUGUGGCUCCUGCUGGGCGUUCAGCACAACUGGCUCUCUGGAGGGUCAGCACUUCAGGAAAACUGGGAAGCUGGUGUCUCUGAGCGAGCAGCAGCUGGUGGACUGCUCUGGGUCUUUUGGAAACAUGGGCUGCGACGGAGGCCUGAUGGACCAAGCCUUCCAGUACAUUAAAGUCACCGGAGGGAUCGACACCGAGGACACCUACCCUUAUGAGGCCGAGGACGGGAAAUGCCGUUACAACCCAGCCAAUGUCGGUGCCACGUGCACGGGCUAUGUGGAUGUAAAACAAGGCGAUGAAGACGCCCUGCUGGAGGCCGUGGCCACCAUCGGACCAGUCUCCGUGGCCAUUGAUGCUUCCCAGUCAUCCUUCCAGCUGUAUGAAUCAGGUGUCUACAAUGAGCCUGGAUGCAGCAGCUCAGAGCUGGACCACGGGGUGCUGGCCGUGGGAUACGGCUCCGACAACGGAAAGGACUACUGGCUGGUCAAGAACAGCUGGGGUCUGCAGUGGGGAGACAAGGGAUACAUCAAAAUGGCCAGAAACAAGAGCAACCAGUGUGGCAUUGCUACAGCAGCCAGCUACCCACUGGGCAAUGGGUGUAACUGCAGCUCCGGCUAUAUAAGGAGGCCUCACAGCAGCUUCAACAACAUCAACAGGUGCUUCCACCUCCAACAUCGCUUCAACUUCAGCCGAAACACUCACAAAGAGGCAGUCGAGAUGAAGCUGCUGCUGGUAGCUGCUGCUCUCCUGGCCGUGGCCAGCUGUGCCAGCAUCUCCCUGGAAGAUCUGGAGUUUCAUGCCUGGAAACUGAAAUAUGCACGGUCCUACAACUCUCCGGCAGAGGAGGCUCUCCGCAAGGAAAUCUGGCUCAACAACCGCAAACUGGUGCUGGUUCACAACAUGAUGGCGGAUCAGGGCAUCAAGUCUUACCGCCUCGGCAUGACCUUCUUCGCUGACCUGGAAAAUGAAGAGUACAAAAGUUUGAUCUCCCAGGGCUGCCUGCGCUCCUUCAACGCCUCUCUCCCCCGCCGUGGCUCGACCUUCCUGCGCCUGCCUGCCGGAACCUCUCUGCCCGACAGCGUUGACUGGAGGGAGAAGGGAUACGUCACCGACGUCAAGGAUCAGAAGCAGUGUGGCUCCUGCUGGGCAUUCAGCACAACUGGCUCUCUGGAGGGUCAGCACUUCAGGAAAACUGGGAAGCUGGUGUCUCUGAGCGAGCAGCAGCUGGUGGACUGCUCUGGGUCUUUUGGAAACAUGGGCUGCGAUGGAGGCCUGAUGGACCAAGCCUUCCAGUACAUUAAAGUCACCGGAGGGAUCGACACCGAGGACACCUACCCUUAUGAGGCCGAGGACGGGAAAUGCCGUUACAACCCCGCCAAUGUCGGUGCCACGUGCACGGGCUAUGUGGAUGUGAAACAAGGCGAUGAAGACGCCCUGCUGGAGGCCGUGGCCACCGUCGGACCAGUCUCCGUGGCCAUUGAUGCUUCCCAGUUAUCCUUCCAGCUGUAUGAAUCAGGUGUCUACAAUGAGCCUGGAUGCAGCAGCUCAGAGCUGGACCACGGGGUGCUGGCUGUGGGAUACGGCUCCGACAACGGAAAGGACUACUGGCUGGUCAAGAACAGCUGGGGUCUGCAGUGGGGAGACAAGGGAUACAUCAAAAUGACCAGAAACAAGAGCAACCAGUGUGGCAUUGCUACAGCAGCCAGCUACCCACUGGUCGGCAACAAGUAUAACUGCAGCUCCGGCUAUAUAAGGAGGCCUCACAGCAGCUUCAACAACAUCAACAGGUGCUUCCACCUCCAACACCGCUUCAACUUCAGCCGAAACACUCACACAGAGGCAGUCGAGAUGAAGCUGCUGCUGGUAGCUGCUGCUCUCCUGGCCGUGGCCAGCUGUGCCAGCUUCUCCCUGGAAGAUCUGGAGUUUCAUGCCUGGAAACUGAAAUAUGCACGGUCCUACAACUCUCCGGCAGAGGAGGCUCUCCGCAAGGAAAUCUGGCUCAACAACCGCAAACUGGUGCUGGUUCACAACAUGAUGGCGGAUCAGGGCAUCAAGUCUUACCGCCUCGGCAUGACCUUCUUCGCUGACCUGGAAAAUGAAGAGUACAAAAGUUUGAUCUCCCAGGGCUGCCUGCGCUCCUUCAACGCCUCUCUCCCCCGCCGUGGCUCGACCUUCCUGCGCCUGCCUGCCGGAACCUCUCUGCCCGACAGCGUUGACUGGAGGGAGAAGGGAUACGUCACCGACGUCAAGGAUCAGAAGCAGUGUGGCUCCUGCUGGGCGUUCAGCACAACUGGCUCUCUGGAGGGUCAGCACUUCAGGAAAACUGGGAAGCUGGUGUCUCUGAGCGAGCAGCAGCUGGUGGACUGCUCUGGGUCUUUUGGAAACAUGGGCUGCGAUGGAGGCCUGAUGGACCAAGCCUUCCAGUACAUUAAAGUCACCGGAGGGAUCGACACCGAGGACACCUACCCUUAUGAGGCCGAGGACGGGAAAUGCCGUUACAACCCAGCCAAUGUCGGUGCCACGUGCACGGGCUAUGUGGAUGUGAAACAAGGCGAUGAGGACGCCCUGCUGGAGGCCGUGGCCACCAUCGGACCAGUCUCCGUGGCCAUUGAUGCUUCCCAGUCAUCCUUCCAGCUGUAUGAAUCAGGUGUCUACAAUGAGCCUGGAUGCAGCAGCUCAGAGCUGGACCACGGGGUGCUGGCCGUGGGAUACGGCUCCGACAACGGAAAGGACUACUGGCUGGUCAAGAACAGCUGGGGUCUGCAGUGGGGAGACAAGGGAUACAUCAAAAUGGCCAGAAACAAGAGCAACCAGUGUGGCAUUGCUACAGCAGCCAGCUACCCACUGGUCUAAACCGGACUGACUCACCUGGAAACAUGAACCGAUUCUGCACU